UUACAAGGCAUACAUAUAACAACGAUUAUAAAUCAGGGACGGGAAAGGACAGUUUGCGAGAUAUCACCAACUACAGCGCGGCAGAGGAAGCAAGCGCAUUGAAGUGGCCAAGAAAGUGACAUCGGCAUGUCCCGAACUGAUUGAAACAUCGGAUAUCAACUACGAGUUCUGAGCAACUUCAAGAAAAUCAACAACAAAAUUCGCGACCAACACCAAGACUCGGUUUAAGACCAUGCCUCAAGUUGGCCCCGAAUUACCUCCCCACCUUGCCAAGCGCAAGCGUUCGAUCGACGAUGCUGAACACCCCAACUCUCCACCUCAUAAAGUCCAAGCCGCCGCUGCACCACCACGCGUUCUGGGGCCAGCACCCCCGCCUUCCAAGAACCCAGACGAACUUGACGUCGAUGACAGCUCAGAUGAUGGAUACGGACCUUCUCUCCAACCUAGCAAACCCUCCAGCCCUCCAAAACGAGUCUUAGGGCCCGCCCCACCACCACCACCCAAGAACCCAGAUGAGCUGGAUGUAGACGACAGCUCCGAAGACGAAUAUGGACCAAGUCUCCAACCCUCCAGACCAAAGAGCCCCCCUCCACCUCGACGAGUUCUAGGUCCCGCUCCACCACCCGGCCCCCUCUCCUCCAUGCCAUCCGACCCCGCCAACCCCGACGCCGACGCCGACCCAGAUUCCUCCUCCUCCUCCUCCGAUGAUGAUGACUUUGGGCCCUCCCUACCCCCCGCGCCUGGCUCCGCCGCCGAAGCGCAACUCCUUGCCCAGCGUUCACAAGAAGAAACAGAGCGCGCGUCCGCAGCCCAAGAGCCCAGCAAACCGCAACGCGAUGACUGGAUGCUCGUGCCGCCCUCGGACUCGGACUGGACAUCGCGCGUCGACCCAACCAAGCUGAAGAACCGCAAGUUCGCAUCGGGCAAGGGCGCGAAGGCGCCCGCCGAGAGAGGAGUCGGCGGCAUCAGCGCCAUCUGGACCGAGACGCCCGAGCAGAAGCGCCAACGGCUCGCGGACGAGGUCCUAGGCCGCAAGGACGCAGCGGCCUCGUCCCGCGAAGCCGCGGGGCCAGCUGCUGCGCGCCGCCCGGAGGAGAGCCAAGAGGAUAUCGAGACAGCGCGGCGCAUCCGCGAGUACAACGAGAAGAACCGGGGCCGCAGCCUGUACGAGGAGCACCAGCAGCAGCAGCAGCAGACGCCGCGCGAGAAGGAGGACGAUCCGAGCAAGCGCGCCUUCGACCGCGAGAAAGAUAUGGCGCUGGGUGGACGGCUGGGCCAUGGCCAGAGGAAGGAAUUGUUGGCCAAGGCGGCGGAUUUCGGAUCCCGCUUUCAGAAGGGCAGGUAUCUGUGAGCUGGGAAUGGGGGAAGGAAGGUGGGAUUCUUCACUACUACUACUACUAAUAAAACUAUUACCAUCUGAGAUCUAUCUAUCUAUCAUAAGGUAUGACAGGGCUAAGUCUGUCUCAUGACGGGGGCAUGUUUAAAAAAAGCCCAUAAGGUCUAUCUAUCUAGCCAGACCAUCCAUCACCUCUGAAAGACUCGAAUAGAAACGUUUGUCUGCAAACAUAACUAUAGUUUCAAUAUAGCAAAAUAGCAAUAUAGAUCGCAGGUCACUACC